UAAACUAAAAAUAUAAAUCUUAAAUUAGAACGCGAAAAAUAUCCAUUAAAUACUAAAAGAUGAAGCAUAAAAACGUCACUUAAAUGACAACUUCCACAUAGUAUAUAAAAAAAUCAAUGAGGAAGAUAAGUAAAAUCUGAUAUAUUUUAUAAAGACUUUUUAAAAGAUAAUAAGCACGUGAUUUUUUAACUAUGGGUUUAAUAUUUAGUAAGAAAAAAGCUCCAAGUCGAAUAACCGAACAAGACAAAGCCGUUUUACAAUUAAAACAACAAAGGGAUAAAAUAAAGCAAUACCAAAAAAGAAUAGAAGGGCUUUUAGAAAAGGAUCGUUUAUUAGCCAAGAAGCUACUUAAUAAUGGCCAAAAAGAACGUGCUAAAUUGUUAUUGCGCAAAAAACGUUAUCAAGAACAAUUAUUGGAACGGGCGGAUGGGCAAUUACAAAACUUGGAGAAAAUGACUCACGACAUAGAAUUCGCCCAAAUUGAAAUUCAAGUUGUAAAUGGCUUAAAACAAGGAAACGAAGCAUUGAAAAAGUUAAACGAGGCUAUGAGUAUCGAUGAAAUUGAAAAAAUUUUGGAUGAGACUAGAGAAGGGGUCGAGAAACAACAGGAAAUUAAUGAUUUGCUUAGUGGGGUGCUUACACAAGAUGAUGAAGACGCUGUUUUAGCUGAAUUUGAUGCUAUGGUCGCUGAUGAAUUACCAACUAUUGAUGAUGUGAAAGAUCCGGGAGUAUUAGAACUCCCCGAUGUUCCUGAGGACGAAAUAGAGGUGAAAAAGCAAAAGAAAAUGAAAGAAAAAGUUGCUUUAGAAGCUUAGUAUUUAUUUAAAUUUGUGAUUAUAAUUUUUAA